GGCUGCACGUACAUGUAGUUUUAUUCGUUAAUCUAGCUCUAUAUGGUUAAUCUUCCCACUUCACAUACUUCGUACGUACGUAGGCCUCUGGAAUUUGGCUCACCCUUAAUUGUUGGAACGGAAUAUUGUGUUCUUAUUAUCUUAAAGAAACGAAUCAUCUCAUAAUAGGUAGGUUCUAUAACAGCGUUUGCGUUCCUCUGAAUAGUUCCAGCAAAAUUUCUCAAGAAAUACCAACCUCUGGCCCAGCUCGCACAGGAGAAUUGGAUGCCUUAGAGAAUGGCUGGAUCCACAGAUGAUACAUUGCUGACGUCCGAUGAGGCCUUUUACUUCGUCCAAGAUGUAUUGGGCAUGUCUUCGACCAAGCUGAAGGAAAAUCCACACGAGUUUCUCAAAGACCUCAUCAGAACAUAUUUGCAUCAUAUCCCGUUUUCGAACGUCCAAAAUAUGGCGACGCCUCAGCACUCAAGACACGUCCCUACAGUAUCCGAGAUCAAGAGAGAUAUCUUCACUAAACUUGGCGGAAUCUGCUACCAACACAAUGUUGCAUUUUAUCUUCUACUUAAAGCAUUGGGUUACGAUGUUUCCCUCAUCGCGUGCGACAUUCAACACCCCAGUGACCACGCGGCCGUCAUCGUCCAUAGUUUAACGAGUGAGGGAAGCAGACAUUACGUCGAUGUUGGUAACGGGAAUCCAUUGUUUAGCGUGGUUCCUUUCGACUUCGAGGACGAGUCGCCUCCAUAUCAUCACUCUUUCUUGCGUUUCAAGUUUUCCCGCCAGGGUGACAUCAUAUAUUGUUUGCAUCAGGUUGAAGGUCAUCCAGCCAAGCAGACGAUGGAAGCUAAUCGUAUCACCGAUGGCUGGUAUCGAUUUAUCACCAUGCAUUUCAAAGAAGGUGUGGCGAUAUCACACUUUAAACCCAGUAUGACGCCAAUUUAUGUCGGUUGUUCUGAUGCGCCGAAGAGUGUCUUCCUGACGAGUGUAAGAUGCAUGGCGUUUCCUAACGGUCGUUUCGUUUGUAUUAAAGACAAUACUUUCUUGAUCGAGAAUGAACCUGGGCAGAUAACCAAAUCUUACUUUAGGUCCCUUGAAGAGAUCAAAAAAGCAUUUGCUCAGUAUUUCCCUCAGGUCUCACAGGAAAUGUUGGAUGUUGCCUUCAAUGAUGAAUUCAUAACAUUAGACUACAAAAAGGGAAUUCUGUAAAUUACAUGUAAUUAAGAGAAUUACGUUAGAAGAAAUAAGGAGGGGUGGGGUGUUCACACCCUGCUUCCUUAGCCUUAUAUUAUAAUGUAAAACUGCGCUUUACAUUGGUCUCAUAAUGUUACUAUUCCGGCUGUAGCCGAGCUGCCACAUAGAUGCUCAAGCAUUCGAUGAAUUUCUUCCUACCGGGUACCAAUUUACCUCAUUUGGGUUGAGUGCAGCACAAUAUUGGUAAAUUUCUUCCAGAAUGAAUACACGGUCGUCAUGGUUUGGAAUCGAAUCCACGUCCCUCAGAUUGAAAGAGGAGUGUCGUAACCAUGCAGUAGACCACGGUGCCACCAUGGCUAUAUACGGGAAAAAAGUGUAUUUAUUUAUGACAAGGUAAUUGUCAAAAUUCUGGACCAGAUCUCCAAGUAAAUUAAUUUCGGCCCAUAUAAGUUAUUAAUAAUUGAUUUGAUAAAAGGUGUGUUUAAUCUUAACAAUCACACUUCUUUCUAAUCAUGGUAAAAUGUUUUUGCGCUUUCCGUACAACAGCAAGUGGUACAAAUACUUUAUAAAGUACGUGUAGUAAAUAUUGACAAAAUAUAUUUGAUUGUACAAAAAAAAAGAUAAUUUUUUUCAAGUGCGCGAGCGGAGAGAGGGUUCUAAGUAUACACAUAAACAUUUUGCUCAUUUCAUUUGAAUUUUAUUCAGUUUAAUUUGCACAUCUCUCAUAUUUAAAAGAAUUUAUACAUGGCACAUAAACUACAGUAACAAAGUAGAUUGGGAUUGAUAUAAGGAAUCUUGGGUCAAUAAUACUGAUGCUUUCAUUUCGAAUUUGACUUUACAAAAAUAUACCCAGUUAUUAUACCAAUAAUGUCUAUCUUCAAACUCACUAUUAGAUCAAGGUCAAUAAGCUAAAUUAUUAUGAUAGUAAAUCAUAAUUAAUCAUGGCCCCGUUGCAUAAAAGUUACCAUGAUGGUAGCUUUACCAUGUGGGUGGUAUAUUGCAUGGAAUCUUUUAUUUUGAUUAGCUGUUGAUGAUCGUUACCAUGCGCAUACAUUCGUAAUUCCGAAGCUUCGUUAUUCCGAAGGUUUGGUUAUUCCGAAGGUUCGUAUUUCCGAA